AUGGCAGCAGGAGUGGCAGCAUGGUUACCCUUUGCCAGGGCAGCUGCCAUAGGAUGGAUGCCAGUGGCCACAGGUCCCAUGCCAGCUGCUCCACGGCAGGAGAGGAAGCGAAGCCAGGACUCUCUGAUUGUGCUGAAUGUGAGUGGCAUCCAGUUCCAGACAUGGCUGGACACCUUAGAGCGCUACCCUGACACUCUGCUGGGAAGUUCAGAACGGGACUUCUUCUACCACCCUGAGACACAGCAGUACUUUUUUGAUCGGGACCCUGACAUUUUUCGCCACAUUCUCAACUUCUACCGUACAGGAAAGCUUCAUUACCCCCGUCAAGAGUGCAUCUCUGCUUAUGAUGAGGAGCUGGCCUUCUUUGGCAUUAUCCCUGAGAUCAUUGGCGACUGUUGUUAUGAGGAAUACAAGGAUCGCCGGCGUGAGAACGCUGAGCGCCUACAGGAUGACGCUGAUCAGGAUCAUGCGGCCGAGAGCUCACUACCCUCAAUGACAGCUCGGCAGAGGAUGUGGCGGGCCUUUGAAAACCCCCACACCAGUACACUAGCUCUGGUCUUCUACUAUGUCACUGGUUUCUUCAUUGCUGUCUCUGUUAUUGCCAAUGUGGUGGAGACAGUACCCUGUGGGGUAAGCCCAGGCCGCAUCAAGGAGCUGCCCUGUGGAGAGCGCUAUGCUGUGGCUUUCUUCUGUCUGGAUACUGCCUGUGUCAUGAUCUUCACGGUUGAAUAUCUGUUACGCUUGCUGGCAGCCCCUAGUCGCUACAAGUUUGUGCGCAGUGUCAUGAGCAUCAUUGAUGUGGUUGCCAUCAUGCCCUAUUACAUUGGCCUGGUGAUGACAGAUAACGAGGAUGUCAGUGGGGCUUUUGUGACACUGCGAGUCUUUCGUGUCUUCAGGAUCUUUAAAUUUUCCCGCCACUCACAGGGGCUGCGUAUCCUGGGCUAUACCCUGAAAAGUUGUGCCUCGGAGUUGGGCUUUCUCCUCUUCUCACUUACCAUGGCCAUUAUCAUCUUUGCCACAGUCAUGUACUAUGCAGAGAAAGGUUCAUCAGCCAGCAAGUUCACCAGCAUCCCUGCAGCCUUCUGGUACACCAUUGUCACCAUGACAACACUGGGGUAUGGUGACAUGGUGCCAAAGACAAUAGCUGGCAAGAUUUUUGGUUCAAUAUGCUCCCUGAGUGGGGUUUUAGUCAUUGCUUUGCCGGUUCCUGUAAUUGUCUCCAACUUCAGCCGUAUCUACCACCAGAAUCAACGAGCAGACAAGCGCAGGGCACAGAAGAAAGCCAGACUUGCCCGAAUUCGUGCAGCAAAGAGUGGGAGUGCUAAUGCCUACAUGCAGAGCAAACGAAAUGGCUUACUGAGUAACCAGUUGCAGCAGUCCUCCAGUGAAGAAGAACAGGCCUUUGUUAGCAAAUCUGGUUCUUCCUUUGAAACACAGCACCACCACCUGCUUCACUGCCUGGAAAAAACCACGAAUCAUGAGUUUGUGGAUGAACAAGUCUAUGAAGAGAGCUGCAUGGAGGUUUCUACAGUCAAUAGACCCCCAAGCCACAGCCCCUCUCUCUCAUCUCAACAAGGUGUUACCAGCACUUGCUGCUCACGGAGACAUAAAAAGACUUACCGCAUCCCAAACACCACCAUCACUGGCAGCCGUCAAGGCAGCGUACAGGAGCUCAGCACCAUCCAGAUCCGAUGUGUGGAGAGAACACCUCUGUCUAACAGCCGAUCCAGCUUAAAUGCCAAAGUGGAAGAGUGUGUUAAACUAAACUGUGAGCAGCCUUACGUCACUACAGCAAUAAUUAGCAUCCCGACACCUCCAGUCACCACACCUGAAGGAGAUGAUAGGCCAGAGUCUCCUGAGUAUUCAGGAGGAAACAUUGUCAGAGUAUCUGCUUUAUAA